AUGUAUGGAUCAUUUACCAAAAAUGCUCCUGAUGAUUCAAAGCAGUGGCUGCAUUUGCUGUUAAAAAACAACCAAAGAAGAGCAAUUUUAAAAGAAAAAUAUAAAGCAAUUGCAAUUGAUAUUGAAAGUCAAUCUAUGCCUUUAUUUCAAUCGUCAAAAUCUGUGCAUCUUCAAGAAAAAAUAACUCAAGAUUCAGAACGGAUAGAAAAAGACAAUAAAAAUCAAAUUUUAAACCAAAGAAAUGACCCAUAUGUAAGAUUGGAAAUGAGGAUUAGAGAACUUGAACAAAAGUACCAAAAUCAGCUAUACAGGAGUAAAACGUAUAGAGAAAAUGUAAACCAGGAAGACCGGCUAAAAGAUGAUUUUAAUAGUUCAAGAAAGGUCAUGGAACUUGAAGAUAGACUACUUUUUGCGACUGAAAAAUAUAUAAAACGAAAUAUGCUUUUUGAUUCAAAUUCAUAAUUAUCAUAUAGUUUUAGAUGAAAUUAUGCAUUGGCUAAUUUAAUAUAGAUAGUUAUUUAGCAUAAUCAAUAUAAUGAACUUAUUGAUAGGCUAGAUUUAGCUAGUUAGUGAUAGUAAAGUGUUUUAAGUCCCCUUUUUGUUAGCUGCGCGUUCUGCUAUGGUUCGUUGCAGAGUGAUAGAGCUCACUUGGAUUGAGCCAUGCUAAACCCCCUGCUUCUCGGUAGAGGGGUAGAGGUAAAGGUCGUAAUCCAUUCAAGGUUUUGAUGACAGCCUCCAUUUCACCCACGACUUCACCCAAGUUUACAGCAACCUUACGCCCUUCCAACGCUAGAUCGUCCUUUAAUCAGAAUAUUUCAACUGGAAAGAUCCCCAUUUUUGUUUUCUCUUUUCUGGCCAUUACGAGAAAGAAAUCCACAGCUUUUACAAUUCAGAGCAAGUCAGAGUUAGCUUAAACAGGUUUGUCGUCCUUCCACAUUUCGGCACCCAAUGGUCUAGGCGCUGCUGGUAAAGAGCUGAAUUUAAAUGUUCAAGUAGCUAGGACCAAAAACUACGGCUUCUAUCUAGCAUCUUUCGCAUCGAGGCUACUGACGAUAGAAGGCAAUAAACAUUAAAAAAAUGCACGGUAUAAUAAGGAUUCCUGCCAUGUAGGUACAGGUUGCUCGUCUUUGACCAUUUUAUGUAUCUAAAAGUCUAGAUUUAACUGAAAAAAUGUUAUCACGAGAAACCCUUUCACCGAUUUACUCACAUAUUUCAGAUCGAAAUCCAUUAGAAUCCUCACAGGGUACCUUCAAAAAUUUACGAAAAAGUCUCAAAUUAAAGCGCCCCAAGACUGUAAAAUCUGCAGCCUCUCUUCACAAGCCAAAACCCAGCACAACCUCCUCCAAAAUUUUGAAAAAAGGUAAGAAAAAAUUAAAUUAA